AUGAGUCUCAACAUGGGCGCGCACCCGACUCCAAACCCUCCCAAACCCACCAAGAUAUCCCGUCUCAAGACCUUCCUCGACCAGCUCGACCCGCACCCCUGGGACUUUGACUUUGACGAGCCGGGUUUCCAGCCCCGUCCGUUCUUUGCCCGGCGCGCGACCUUCAGCGGGCCUCCAUCCCUGCCCAACCCCGUCCCCGAGGCCAUUGAAUGCAAGGGGGUCGCCAAGACGAAUGACAAGGUGACGGAACCGACAUCGCCGUAA